CAGUCUGCAAAUGAUCUUUUAUUUUAAAUCAGAAAUUAGAAUAUAAUAACAUCAGGCACAACUAUUUACAGGGAUGCAAAUUGUCUACCGUUGGGGGAUAUUCUAAUCAUAAUCUAAUUUAAUAUUAUCAAGGCUUACCAGAACUACAUUUCAAAACCAUUCAUCAAACUUUCAUCAAUAUUUACAGGAUCUGUACAAACUCAAAACACACAACAUCAAUAAUGAAACAACACUAUCCAGGACUCCAGACUAACUUUUUCACUGGUAGCACCAGUACGACCCACUCAAUCAUUCUGUUACACCUCCCACCUGGUCACACACAGAACAUAUGACUUGCUGAACAUUGUCUUAUCACUAGACCUACGAUUUACUGAUGGUCCCUGAACGCCCCACAUAAGCAGAGGCUGUAUGCAUCCACUGUGGCUGUCCCGGUCAGGGUCACACUAAACUGAGCAGAUGCUUUGGUCUUAUGUGACCAACAUUCUUCAAGCUUCUUGUUUAUGCUCUUCAGCAAAGUUUCAUAAGUGUCCACAACAUAGUUUCCACUUUCUCCUUCUAUAGAAACUGCUGUGUGAUUUUGCAGCGUCAGACUUAUUGCCUCUGCACUGCACAGAAAAGCUUCCGGUGUGAGAAAGUGCAGGUGGUUGCACAAUACGGGAGGAGGAGUGUUUUUUUCUGUCGUAGCCCGUCCCACUUUAACUGAAUGUUGCAGACUGAAAACAGGUUUUACCACCUACCAGUGUAGCUUUUUUUUUUUUUUUUUACAGGGUGUGUUUCAGGCGUUGUUGUCUGCACUUGUAGGCCUUGUCCUUGGCAAGAUGUUUGGCUGUAAACCACAUUUUACUGUGGUUUUAUAUAUGAAGCAACAGCUCAUCAAAGUGUGUGGCUGCAGCCUCAGAAACACUCCUGCUUAUAAAGAACAGCUGCCUUCAUUACUGAUCAUAUGUAAGGAUGUUUGAACCCUCAGUGAACAUCAGUGUCGAGGCUCCCGCCAUCACAAUCUUUUCAGCAUUUGACUCCUCCUGACUCUAGUUUUACAAAAAGAGGUCCUGUGAGGCACCAACUCAUUACUCAAACUAACCAAGCUCUGACUUUUAUUAAACGUGGAGCAGGGCCUUCUUCUAAUCUGUGUCUCCCUGCCUCUCUCUUUAUCAUCAGUGUAUCUGAGUCAGAUCUCUCCUUCUCCACCAGCCUUCUCUUGUCUUUCCUCAUUUGUUUUUAAGAACAAUCAGCUACAGAUCACUUUAUCUUUGGAGCUAGCAACAGCUGACUAAUCUAUCAACAAUCAUCAAAUUCAACUGCGUGAAACUUGCACUCUGUCAAGAAAAACUAAGCAAACAGCUGCAUAAGUGACAAAUUUGGUCACAAUCCUUGACAGAUCAUUUACAUGAAUGAUAGUUUUCAAUCAACAAACGCAGAAACAUGGGUUUAAAUGAGACAAGUUGAGGCAACAUUUUUAUAUCAACCAUCAAAAUAAUGUUAAAAACGUAAUUAUGCAUGUAAUGAAGUGGAAGGAUUCGGAAAGGGUCUCGUCAAUGAUUCUUAAGAGUGCAGUCAUAUUUUUCGACUGCAUUUGAAGGCAACACGAGUCUCCUCCUCAUAACACGCGUUUACGGGAAACAGCAUUUUUACGGAAGCAGCAGCCGUGUGUCCAUCUGAGAGAUGCCCGGGAAAACUGUGAAAGCGGCGCUGGUGGACGCUCUGUCGGACCUGACCGACGAGGACUUCAAGAAGUUCUGCCAUCAGCUGGUGGACCGUCGGCAGGAGCCCCGGGUUCGGCGCAACAGGGUGCACGGUAAAGAUCGCAUGGACGUAGCAGACGUGAUGGUCUCUACCUUCACCGAGAAACAUGUGGUGGGAGUGGCCGAGGAGAUCCUAAAGAGCAUCGACUGCUUCGAGGAGGCGGCCAGGUUUGUUGAGGAGGCCGGUGGACAAAGCCAACAGUCUGCUUCCACUGACGUUGAGGAGGCCGGUGGACAAAGCCAACAGUCUGCUUCCACUGACGACAAGCACUUUGUGGAUAAACACAAAGUGGAGCUGAUCCAGAGAGUGAGCAACACUGACUCCAUUUUGGACGACCUCCUCGAAGCAGAUGUUAUCAAACAGGAAGCUUAUGACAAAAUCCGAGCGAUGGCUGCCUGUCAGGACCAGAUGAGGGAGCUGUAUGCUGGUCCUCUGAAAGCUGGAAAAACCUGCAAGGAAAUCUUCUACAAAAUCCUUCAGAAGCAUGAAAAAUAUCUCAUCGAGGACCUCACAGGAAAGAAGUGAAUGUUGUGGUAAAAUCCAUUUUUAUAUCAAACUUACAGCAGAUGUUUAUUUUUUUCAUUAUAAAUGGGGAAAUGUUCAUGUUGGGCCUGUGUGAGGAUUUUGUAAAACAAUUCUUUUAACCCCUUAUUUUACUCUUAAAUGAACCGAAAUGAGUUUGCAGAACAGUGAGCCUCAUUUCACUGAUUCAUUUCAUUCAGAAAAUGUUGUUCAGAAAUGAACUACUGCUGACAUGUAAUGUUUUUAUCCAGCAGAUAUCAAAUGAAGCUGGAGUCUGUUUUUAACCUCAUUAUUUUAUCUAAAUUAAAAACAAUGACCAGAAUUGUGUCUGUUAAUGUUUACAGGUAAAUCAGGUGACAGUGUUUCUGCUGUUGGUGCUACAUCAAAAUGUUUUUCAUUUGAAAUUCAAAAUAAAACUUUCAUUUUGAGUGAGUGGAGUGUCUUAAAAAUCACAGAUCAGAUGUGACAAAACUUUAAAGACAUGAUGAGGUGGUUGUUUAUGGUAAAACUUGAAUUAAAACUGAAUUAUUCACAAUAAUUACUCCAAUGCAGGAAACAGCUUCCCAAAGCUUGACUGUGUUUCUGUGUGAUCAGUGUCUUUCUUCUUGUUACCUUUGAAUGCUGCAUCUUGAAUCCAAAAUGGUGGAUGGUGAUGUUCACCUGUAGAAUAUCUGUUAGAACCUUUAAUUCUACAAGAAACAUACAUAUUAAAAAAGUGUUCUGAUUCACUGGAGUGUUAAGAGCGCUUAGAUCACAGUUUAAUCCAUGUGGCCUUUUUUAAUACUAUAAGUGAAAAUGUGAUCAUGCAUCAGUGGUUGUAUUCUGCUCAUCAUCAUGUGGAAAUUUAGUGAAGCAUCAGCUUAUAUUGUGAUAUAUUUAUUAGCCCAUAAAAUACUGCUAGAGCCAAAUUUAUUAUUUUAUAUUUGAUAAUAAUUUAGUUGAAGGUGGGAAUGGUGAUAUUGGAAACUGAUAGUUUCAUUGUGGUUUGGACGAAUGCGUUUACUAAAUGCAUGACUUGUUGCUGAUAGGUUUGAGAGCAGUUUGAUUUGUGCUUCCAAUUAAAUAAUGUUGCGUCGCUGUGACGCAGUGGAUGAGGCUUAUUGUUCAGAUUGAAGCCAGAGAUGUGGGAAGUUUUUUGACCGUGUGAGUAUGUGUAAUUUUUGAUCCUUUUUUCUUUUUAUUAAACUAUUUACAAAGCAGAA